UGCAAAUGUAAUUUCCAAAGUUUAUCUUUUUAUUGAGGCACAAAGGUGUUGAUUAGAAAACAGAGAUGGACAGCCAGAUCCUUCACCUCCAUGAAAGAGAGCCCAGUGGGCCUGCUGCCGUCCUGCCAAGCGGGGAGGGAUCUGAAGGAGGCCGACAUCUAGGGGAAUCGAUUGAGAACCGGCUUAGUAUAAAGGAUUUCACUGCAAUUCAAAAUCUUUUCAAGUCCCCAGAGUUAGAGCCGCCACAAUGUAUGAGCAAAGAGGAAUUCAUGGAGAGAACAUACGCAGCCGUGGGGCAUGGGCUGAAAGAGGAAUACGGCGAUUUAUUUGAUAAGAUAGAUGUGAGUCGCGAAGGUUUCAUUGAUUGGGACAAAUUAACAUCCUUCAUGCUGCUUGAGCUUUACGAGAAAGAUGAACGAGUGAAAUCAUCAGUAAUUCCCCAGUGGAGGGAUAUUCGCAGCCUCCCAUUAAUUCACAAGGAAAACAUCCAAAAAGUAGUUUAUUUGAAAGGUUCUUGCCGCUACGUAACUUUGAGCAAAGAUGGAUUACUGGGAGUCUGGGGAGAGAAUUUAAAACUACAAAGAAGCCUGCGGAUUUGCACUGAUACUGUCAAGCCGAAAGAUUUAUGGGCGACGGGCUUGGUGUUUCUGGCCAAUGUAAACAAGAUUGCAGUUGCCUUUACCAGUAAGGAGAUAUGCUUCUAUGAUCUGAACUCAAAGCAGGACCUAUUUUGUCAGUAUAAACUGCAAAGACUUCCUGGCACACCGAUUUCUAUGGACUACUGGCAUGACCAUGAUGAUGGUAACAAUGCCAUUCUGACAAUCGGAGAUGUUAAUGGACAGGUCCAGGCUAUUUGUUUCACAACAGCUUUGAUAUCCUUGUUUGAGCGACCUGUUAAUUCUACGGAAGACCAGCAGACAACUCUUUACAUUUCUUGGAAUGAGUUAGUUUCUGGCUUCCACAAAUGUUGUAGCAUCUUAAAACACAAACUCCAUGAAAACAACUGGGUGCGCCAAGUUAGUUACAGCUCUCAUUUGGAGGCUUUUCUGUCGUGUAGUACAAGUGACAAUAACACAGUGAUACUGGCCUGGAGAGAGAAAGGCAAAACCCAUCUGAGGACAACAUCGCUGCACAUUACCAAAGGAAUUAAUGGCUUUGACUAUGAUUCUGGAUUAAAUAUAAUUGCAACUGCCGGAAUUGACCAUACAAUUUGCCUGUGGAAUCCGUAUGUCAUCUCCAAACCCAAUGGAGUUCUUCAAGGCAACAUGGCCAGUGUGAUGACUGUCAAAUUUAUCUCCAGUCGCAAGCAGCUUUUCAGUUUCUCUAAAGAUAAGGUGUUGAGGGUAUGGGAUGUUCACCAUCAAGUGUGCAUACAACGCAUAGCUGGGAUUUUCCCCAAAACUCUGGAAUUCCAAAUUACCUUCUUUUUCUAUGAGCCCCAUGGACGCCUCUUGCUGUCAUUUAACAAUCAGUUGGCAGUUCUAGAAAUGAAAAGUGAAGCUAGCAAACAAGUGACAAGCCACGAGAAACCAGUAACGUGUGUACUGUACAACUCGACUUUUAAACAGGUAAUCAGCUCUGACACAGGAUCAACAAUUACUUUCUGGAUGAUAGACACUGGACGGAAAAUCAAACAGUUUUCAGGCUGUCAUGGAAAUGCAGAGAUUAGCACUAUGGCUCUAGAUGCAAGUGAAACCAGGCUGCUAACGGGGAGCACUGAUGGCACAGUAAAGAUAUGGGAUUUCAAUGGUCAUUGUCACCAUAAGUUAAAUGCUGGAAGAGACCAGGCAGCAGAAAUUUCUCAGAUAUUGGUACUAAAGAGAACAAUACUAGUCGUUGGAUGGGAGAGGAUGAUCACAGUUUUCCGCCUGAACUCUCUAUCACAAUAUCUUGUUCAGCCUUCAGAAUGGAAAGGAGGAGUACAACACCAUGAUGAUAUAUUAUGUGCAGCAUUUUUGCCCCCACAAAGCCUUGUCACAGGAAGUUAUGAUGGAGAAAUUGUUGUCUGGAAUAACAAUACAGAAAACGCUUCAAGAAAACUUCAUCCUGAACCUGAUAGAGCUCUGAGGUCAAAAUCAGACUCUCAGCUACGCAGCGCUGGUAAAAGAAGUCUAUCCUCGUCAUCCUCUGCAAGAUAUACACGCUCACUGAGCGGCUUCUGCAACACAGACUCUGACAGCAAUAACACUGUAACAAGAUUGUUUUUCCUCGGGGCCAGAAAACAUAUCUCAGCAACAGGUGGUGCGAACUUGGUGUCUUGCGGAGGAUCCGGCUAUGUUAGAUUCUGGAACAUAUUUAGAAACCAGUUAAUGGCAGAGUUUGUAGCCCAUGAGGGAGCUAGUUUCAUAGUUAUGGCCAUGGACAAAACAAACGCAUAUAUUAUUACAGGCGAUCUUGAUGGGUGGAUAAAAGUUUGGAACAUCAAGGACUACUGCAUUGACUACAGCGAACACAAGAGUGAUGAACUUCCUACCUUGGUUUCAUCAUUUCAGCCUCACAAUGAUUGUGUUACACACAUAGAAACUUGUACAAACAGCCAAUGUCUACUGAUCAUCUCUUCAUCAGCAGACUGCAGUAUAUGUGUCAGUGAUGAGUAUGGAAAUCCACUUGGAGUGUUUGGACAGGAAGAACACUGGAGAAUUGAGAAAUGUUCUCCUCUACUUGUCGCAGAUAAUAAAUUAGAAAGUGCAGAGGUAACAGCAGAGGGCUUGGCCUCUCCCAAUAAUGAAACAGAGGAAGAGCCUGACUCUCAUCUACAACAUUUGCUAAUUGAAGAUAAAGAGGACUUGCCCUUCAAAAACAGUCCAUGGGAAAACACAAUCUUGGGUAAAAAAUAUAGAGAAAAUGCAUUAAAAGAAAAGUUACAUUCAAACUUCAUUGGAGAUUCAGUGCAGCAUAGUGUUGGUACCUUCAGCUUGUUAAACAUAGGUGUGCUGCAGGAUACAUUGGAAAUUAGUAAACCAGAUUUUAUUAUAAACCCUGACAAAUACUUUGGAGAAAAGACAGAAGAGAAAAGUUCUAAGGUUGCGGAAGUCCCUACACUCAUAAAUAGUAACACUGAAAGCUGUGUUUGACGAGGGCAGCCUUUUCCCAAGAGAAAUUUUGGAACGUGAACUAAAAGCAAAACAACUAAAUGACAGAAUGCUUCCAGAACCCAGGAUAAA